GUUAGGCGUGCGCGCGGGUCACGCACAGUGUGAAGUAGCAGCUGUCCCGUGUGCUCCGUGUGUGGCUCGUGUGAACCGUAGCAGCGUUUCUGAGCUCACAGGUGGAAAGAAAGAGUUCCUGAAGUUCUACAUGAAGGCAGGGGCGGUUAUUCAGGAGGAUAUUUCAGAGGCAACGCUAAUUAUUGGAGUAAAGAGACCGCCAGAAGACAAAGUUAUACCCAGGAAGACCUAUGCCUUUUUCUCCCACACCAUCAAAGCUCAAGAAGCCAACAUGGGUCUUCUGGAUGAUCUGCUAAAAAAGGAGGUUCGUCUGAUUGACUAUGAGAAGAUGGUUGAUGCUAAUGGUUAUCGAAUCGUGGCGUUUGGUCAGUGGGCAGGUGUUGCAGGAAUGAUCAACAGUCUGCAUGGAUUGGGGCUCCGCUUCUUGGCUCUCGGCCAUCACACUCCCUUCAUGCAUAUUGGCAUGGCACAUAACUACAGGAACGUCAGCCAGGCCAUCCAAGCAGUGAGGGAUUGUGGAUAUGAGAUUUCUAUAGGGCUCAUGCCCAAAUCCAUCGGUCCCGUCACAUUCUGUUUCACCGGAACAGGAAAUGUCUCCAAGGGAGCCCAAGACAUCAUCAAUGAACUUCCUGUUGAAUAUGUUGAACCUCACGAGUUAAAGGACGUCUCUGAAACAGGAGAUAUGACCAAAGUGUAUGCCACGGUUCUGAGCCGACGCCACCACUUGGUGAGGAAGAGCGACGGCAUCUACGACCCCAUGGAGUACGAGAACCACCCAGAACUGUACACGUCUCACUUCAGGACAAGUGUGGCACCUUACACAACGUGUCUGAUAAACGGCAUUUACUGGGACCCUCAGACCCCUCGGCUCCUCAGACGACUGGAUGCUCAGAGGCUCAUGAGACCACCCAAAACCUUAUCUGUUCACAAUGAAGGCUCUCCUGCACUGCCUCACAAGCUUCUGGCCAUCUGUGACAUAUCUGCUGACACCGGAGGCUCCAUAGAGUUUAUGAACGAGUGCACCACCAUUGAUAAGCCAUUCUGCAUGUACGAUGCCGACCAGCACAUUGAUCAUGACAGUGUGGAGGGGAACGGGAUCCUCAUGUGCUCCAUUGACAACCUUCCUGCUCAGCUCCCCAUUGAAGCCACAGAGUAUUUUGGAGACAGACUCUUCCCCUACAUUUGGGAGAUGCUGCUUUCAGAUGCCACAAGACCAAUGGAGGAAGAAGAGUUUAGUCCCCAAGUCAGAGAUGCUGUCAUCACCUCUAAUGGGGUAUUAACCCCAAAGUUCGAGUACAUUGAAAAGCUUCGAGAGAAACG